GGAGGGCGGAGACGUUGGGAAAACGGCGAGCGCGGAACCGGAAGGGGCUCCUUAAAGGGAAGGUGACUACUGCUCCGCCGAUUUCUGUCCGCUGGGCCGGCUCCUCCCUCUUAAGGGGCCAGAGCCUGUUUUUUCGAGGGGCGGGGCAGGUUGCGUUUCCCGGGACCUGCCCGCAUGCCCGCCUCGCUGCUAGUUUCCUAAGGCUGAUGACCGAGUCCCGACAGUGGAGGGGGAAGCUCCUGAGUCCUGAUGGCCGGAUAGCAGCGUCUAGUUUAAGCUCGGCCACUAGUUUAAGGUGGAGAGGGACGUGCAGUGAGACCCUCUUAAAGGGAAGUGCGGCCUGAGGAUGGGGUGUGGUCGGUCUUUGGAAAGGGGACGUGUCCUUUCUGGGAUGCGAGGGGGCCGGGCUCUGAUCCCACAUUCCAGGCACGUGUGGCCCCGCGCUAUAAGUAGUCUCUUAAAAGGACUUACUUGCGUUUUAAAAGGGACGCUCACGUUUUAAAGGGAAAUUUUGCUGCCAGUCUGAAGGGGGGGUUCGGUCUGCGUAUUCAGAACGCUUCUGCGGAGUGCGCCCACUGCGCUUUCUUCCUGGGCGCAGGGCUGCAACAGUGAACCGGUGCCCUGGGCACGUAGUGGGCGGGGAUGCCAGCGUUGCUGCUGAACACCCGCUGGUACCCGGACAGCCCCCUGCAAAGUGGUUCGGGACCCCAACCAAUCACCCCGGUACUGAGGGUGGGAAGCCUUGAUGUCCGAGCAGGCUAGAAGGUGGUCAGUUCUGCGGAGGGAGAAAGGCAGAGAUGCAGGGUGGGGAUUAAGGCCACUGGAGGUGGGAGGGGGGUGUGUUAGGGAAGAUUUGGAGGGGAAGAGGGGGCUAGGUGGACCUGGCAGGGAAGGGAGGGGUUGUAGGGAGUCUAAAGUCUGGCGCUCACCCCUCGGCACCCCAGUUGUCCUUCCUAUGGAAGAAGCUGUAGAGCCUUCAGCAGGUUUCACUGGGGUGUGAGGAAAGGGUCAGGACCCUGUUUCGCUGCGGGGCGGGCAGAAUUGGCCCUCAGGCCUGGUGGUCUUCCAGUUGGGAAUGUUGGUGCUGGUAAGGGCGUGGCUGACUAGGUGGUCUCAGGAGGGAGGCAGAGAGGCUGCCUGAGGCUUCUCUAGGAUGCUUCAAAUUCCUUGGUGAGGUGGAGGUGAUUGCUGGUAGGGUUGGGGGCAGAAACUCUGGACUUGGGCUUUGCGCAUGUCGAGGGGUCUUAGGGCCCAGGAGCAGAGACUAGGCACAGGUCUCUGGCCUCAGGUGUGGACCUGUGCUCAAGGAAGUUCCAGGGCUCCCAGCACCCCACACUGAGAAGGGGUACCAAGUGAGCAGAGGACAGCCAGUCCCGUGGGGCUGAGGUUUCAGGAGGGCCCAUUGCGGGGCAGGAUGGAGCUGCGCUGUCACCCCUUUCCAGAGGAGAGCUGCGCCCUUUUUCUGGCUGGGUUGCUGGAGGCAUACUAUAGUGGACAAUCAGCCUGGCCUGAUCGGAACCUACUGGGCCGUGAAUGUGGAACCCCAUGCCUGCCUUCAGCCACGCCCCUAAAUUACUGCAGGAACUGAACGUGUGGUCCCUCACCUCCCCUCCCGCUACUGGAAGAGGCACCGCUUCAAAGGGAAGCUGAGGCUCAGCACUUCCACUCAAGCUGAGGGCCAGGAUCCGCGUGGUAGACCUGGAGGUGUGAUGGUUGGCUCUCACACGGACAUGGUUCCCGCCUCCACCGCGGAAGGGGCUGGGGAGAAGCCGGGCCCCACGGCGCCUACUGCCCAGUACGAGUGCGGAGAGUGCGGCAAGUCGUUCCGGUGGUCGUCUCGCCUCCUGCACCACCAGCGCACUCACACGGGCGAGCGACCGUACAAAUGCCCCGACUGCCCCAAGGCCUUCAAGGGCUCCUCGGCCCUGCUCUACCACCAGCGGGGCCACACGGGAGAGCGGCCCUACCAGUGCCCUGACUGCCCCAAGGCGUUCAAGCGCUCGUCCCUCCUGCAGAUCCACCGAAGCGUACACACCGGCCUUCGAGCCUUCACCUGCGGCCAGUGCGGCCUGGCCUUCAAGUGGUCCUCGCACUACCAGUACCACCUGCGGCAGCACACAGGCGAGCGGCCCUACCCGUGCCCGGACUGCCCCAAGGCCUUCAAGAACUCAUCCAGCCUGCGGCGCCACCGGCAUGUGCACACUGGUGAGCGGCCCUAUGCCUGCGGCGUGUGCGGGAAGAGCUUCACCCAGAGCACCAACCUGCGGCAGCACCAGCGUGUACACACGGGCGAGCGGCCCUUCCGCUGCCCGCUGUGCCCUAAGACCUUCACGCACUCCUCCAACCUGCUGCUGCACCAGCGCACGCACGGUUCCACGCCUGCCCCCGCUGCUGUCCCCGCCGCCCCGACACUCCCGCAACCCAGCGAGCCAGGUGCAGACUCUGUGGACACCUUCGUGCCGCAGCCUCACAGCCCGCCUGCGCCCCCGCCCGCGCCCCCACCCGUGGUACCUGAGCUCUUCCUGGCGGCGGCCGAGACCACGGUGGAGCUGGUGUACCGCUGCGAGGGCUGCGAGCUGGGCUUCGGCAGCGAGGAUCUGCUUCUGGAGCACCAGCCCUGCCCUGGACCCGAGCCCAUGCCCGUGCCCACCCAGCUGCCUGCUCUGUCCCCACCCGCGCCCGCGCCCGCCCCUGCCGCCCCGGGCUUCGCUUGCCUCCCCUGUGGGAAAUCCUUCCGGACAGUGGCUGGACUCUCCCGCCACCAGCACAGUCACGGUGCUGCCAGCGGGCAAGCGUUCCGCUGCGGCAGUUGUGACGGCGCCUUCCCGCAGCUGGCCAGCCUCCUGGCGCACCAGCAGUGCCACGUGGAGGAGGCAGCGGCCGGGCGCCCACCUCCCCAGGCCGAGGCCGCCGAGGUCACCUGCCCCCAGGAGCCCCUGGCGCCUGCUGUGCCCAGUGCCCCAGCCCCGACGCCGCCCACCACUGAGCGGCCCUACCAGUGCACUGAAUGUGGCAAAGCCUUCAAGGGCUCCUCGGGGCUGCGUUACCACCUGAGAGACCACACGGGCGAGCGGCCCUACCAGUGCGGCGAGUGCGGCAAGGCCUUCAAGCGCUCGUCCCUGCUCGCCAUCCACCAGCGUGUGCACACCGGCCUGCGCGCCUUCGCCUGCAGUCAGUGCGGCCUCACUUUCAAGUGGUCGUCCCACUACCAGUACCACCUGCGGCUGCACUCUGGGGAGCGCCCCUAUGCCUGCAGUGAGUGUGGGAAGGCCUUUCGCAACACGUCGUGCCUGCGGCGCCACCGGCACGUGCACACGGGCGAGCGGCCGCACUCGUGCAGCGUGUGUGGCAAGAGCUUUGCACAGACAUCCAACCUGCGGCAGCACCAGCGCGUGCACACAGGUGAGCGGCCCUUCCGCUGCCCACUGUGCCCCAAGACCUUCACACACUCCUCCAACUUGCUGCUGCACCAGCGCACGCACUCCGCUGAGCGCCCCUUCACCUGUCCCAUGUGCGGUCGGAGCUUUGUAAUGGCCGCCUACCUGCAGCGGCACCUGCGGACACACGCGCCAGUCGGCACCCCAGCUGUCAGCGGCUCCCCGACCCCAGCCCUGUUGGCUGCGGCUCCGGCUCCAGCUCCAGCCGCCACCCAAGAUGUGCACAUCCUCCCACACCUGCAGGCCACUCUCUCCCUGGAGAUGUCAGGGGGUGCGGCCCAGGCGCCACCUGCAGGUGCCUCAGCCCCCAAUUCUCAGACGUUUCUUCUGGUACAAACGGCCCAGGGCCUCCAGCUUAUCCCCAGUAGCGUCCAACCCCCCGCUCCCCCGCCCCCGCCCCCGCCCCUCCCAUCCAAACUCAUCCUGCUGCCCUCCAGCCCCAGUGGAGGGGGCAGCCAUUCUGGGCAGGGCUCGAGGACAGUGGGGAAGGCGGGCCAGGGCGCUGGAGUGGUCUGGCUGCCCGGGCCUGGAGGGUUGGGUAUGCAGGGUGGGGGUAACUCUGGCACCUUUGGGGCUGGGCCGAGCCUCAUUGUUCUGCAAAACGUGGGGUGUGGGGAGCCAGGGCCCCAAGAAGUGAGUGGGGUCCAGCUACAGCCCCUCCGGGCCGCCCCAGAAGUGACCACGGUCCAACUGCAGUCGGCCCCGGAGGUGACCACGGUCCAGCUGCAGCCUGCCCCAGAGGUGACCACGGUCCAGCUGCAGCCGGUGGCAGGCCAGCUCUCUAACCCUGGGGGAGCUGUCGCCACUGAGGCCCCCAACCUGCUGGUGGUUCAGAGUGGGGCGGCUGAGGAGUUGCUGGCGAGUGCAGGCCCCGGGGAGGCAGGUGAUGCAGAGGCUAGUGCAGGCGUGGUGCAGGAUGUGCUCUUUGAGACGCUGCAGACCGAUGACGGCCUGCAGAGCGUCCUGGUGCUAAGCGGGGCUGAUGGCGAGCAGACCCAGCUCUGUGUGCAGGAAGUGGAGACCCUCUCCUCUGGGCUGGUCGAGCCACCGGCCCCAAGCCCUCAGGGACAAAAACUGCUCAUCAUCCGCAGUGCUGCGACCACUGAGCUGCUGGACAGCGGUGGUGUUGGGGGAGGCACGACCACUCUGCAGCUCCUGGCCCCGCCACCACCGGGCUCCGCAGCUGCCACCACACCCAUGGGCAUCCCCGCUGCCUCUGUCCCACAGAUGGUGCAUGUGGUUCCAGCUGGAGCUGCGCCCGGGGCCAUCACCCCACAAGGGCUCCCCUCGAUCCAGAUCGUCCAGACUGUGCCCACUGUGCAGCUCGUGCACACAUUUUGAGUGGGAUCCCCCAGAAACUCGCCAGGGAGCUGGGCUUGCUAAUAAAGACCGGAACUCCUC